AUGCGUCUACCGCGAAGACAUGGUCUUGAAAUUCCAUUGACCAGGUUACGAUUGGGUGCACGCACACAACACCGCGUCAACCUCGUCCUGAGCAGGUGGCGCCUGGCUGCCGAGGACUCAGUAACCAAUGGACUUCAACGUUGGUAUUUUGCUUCAUCUGACGCGUGGAGUAGACUGAUUCCUCGAUGUGGACGCGCAGGGUUUGGGUUGAGCGCGGGGUUAGGGCAAAGUCCGCCAGCCGGGCUUGCUCCAAGUCUCGCUCUGCCACCACAUUCCCUUCACUUUGUUUAA